UGCGUGAUCCGCUGUACUUAAGCGGCGGGCCGCGCUGCUGCGCCUCCAGAGCGCCGCCGCUGCCUUCGCGCCGCUCGCUCAGCUGGACGGACGGACGGGGCCGCCGACACCGCCAGCAGCAGCAGCAGCAAGCAACAACAGCCCUGCCCUGCCCGCCAUGAGCUCCAUCCUGGACGUCAGCACUUUGUACGAGAACCUGCUCAACCUGUCCCUGAGUGAAGAGCAUGACGCGACAGGAUGCCACCUCUCCCGGCGUCACUCCGCCUGCUCCUCAGACACGCCUUACAGCAGUGGGGACCCUUCCCCCGUCUGGCCCCUGCGCACCCACUGGAGCCCCAGCGCUGAGCAGCUGCACCCCAUGGCCGAGGAGUCCCGGCGCCCCCCUCUGCGCCCGGACCGCUCUGUCAGCCUCAUCGAGGGCAAGGCCCUGCCGCCCCCUCCGCCGGGCUUCCCGCCUCUCAAGCUGGGCCCCCAGGCCACGGCCAUCUCCUCGCGGUACAAGACGGAGCUGUGCCGCACGUUCAGCGAGACGGGCAAGUGCAAGUACGGGGCCAAGUGCCAGUUUGCCCACGGCACGGCCGAGCUGCGCACGCUGACCCGCCACCCCAAGUACAAGACGGUGCUGUGCCACAAGUUCUUCCAGCACGGGGACUGCCCCUACGGAUCCCGGUGCCACUUCAUCCACUACCCCGAGGAGGCCCGCUUCCACUCGGCCGGCUCUUCGCCGCAGCUCCUGCGCCAGAGUGUCAGUUACUCCGAGGGGCCGGUUGCCCUCCGAGCAUCUCCUCUGCCCGGCUUCCCUGAUCCCGCCUCCUUUGCCCGGGCUCCGUCGACCUCGCCGCCACCCGACCUCCUUUCUCCGACGUUGGGCCGCCUGAACUCGGAGCCCGUCCCUCGCAAUUCCACCCUGGGCGAGGCCACCUCUGGCUCCAGGGGGUGCUUGUGCCGCUGCAGACAGUCCUCUGGCGUCCUCAACCCCCUCUACCUCUCUGCUGCCCCCGGCACGCCCGUCUCAGCAGCCUCGGCUCUGCCUCGAACCCCCUCCGACAGCUCCCUCUCUGACCUGGGCAGCUCCAGCGGCUCCGACUCGCCGGUCUUUGAGAUGCCAACCCCCAGCAGGCUGGGGGGAAGCGCUCACCGGCUGCCUAUCUUCAACCGGCUUUCUGUCUCAGACUGAGGGGCACGGACUCGAACGGAUCAGUUUCUCAAUUGAUGUCUGUCUAAGAUUUUCUCAAGGGGGGGGGGCGGGGGUUGGUUGGUGGCUGCUGACUGCCUCUUCCGAGUGGGGGCAGCCUGUGAAUUCUCAUCCUGCUGUGCAAAUGAGCCCUGCAUGGAUCUGACAGGGCAGAAGACCCCGUUCCUUGCCCUCCACGUCUCGUUUCUGCCCCAUAGUGCCUACAGAGGGCUGCUGUUUUAAGAACCCGACUUGGUUGGAAGGCUGAGUUGGAAGGGGGCUCGUGUGUCUGGCAGGGAGACCAGCAGGGGGCCUUUUGCUCUUGGACGGGGCGCCAAGAUUCUUUCUGCUUGCUCACGUAGAUAGUUUCAAAGGGCAGCCAUGUUGGCCUGCAGUAGAAAAGUUACGAGUUGGGUCCAGGAGCACCUUACAGACCAACAAGAUUUUGGGGGUGUGAGCUCUUGAGAGCCAAAGUUCCUGUCAGCAGCAUCUCAUCUGUGUGUGUGUGUGUGUGUGUGUCCCCCCCCCCCCCCCCCCCGCCCCAACACUGCUAGACGUGACCUGCCUGCCUUCUUUCCCCUCCAUCAGGGCAGCGUCCAGAAGCCAAGAAAGCAAAUCAGAUACCUUCAAGUUCUGUUCAGUGAUAAGCUGGAAGCGAAGGCAUGCGGGCACAUUCCUUCAUCUCUUUUGCAGGCUGAUAGAAAGUGAGAAGGAAGGAGUGCGGGAGCCACCGAGAGAAGGGAUUGGGGUUCGGUGGCUGCUGUCGCUUUAUCGGGCUGGUUUGGCCCAAGAUCUGCUCUGGGCUUUCUUGCCUUAGAUCACAUAACCAGAGGUAAAAAGAAAAAAGAAAAAAAGCUGUGCCUUGUAGGAAAAGUGCCACUUCAGAAGUUUGGUUAG